CUAUGCGGCCGGCUGCGGCCGCGUCGGGCAGGGUUCCCGGGUUUACGACGCGCGACAGGCGGCGGGGGCGGCCCUACCCUCCUGCCAAAACCUGUCAUCGUUGCCCCGGAGCGGCUGCGCCGGGGCAAAAAUGCUGCCGCCAGGCGGGGGCCUGCUCUGGCUUGGCCUGGUCCUGGGCUCCGUCGGAUCCGCGGCGCUGGGCAGCUCGGCCACAGAUGCUCUGAAUGUCCUUUUAAUCAUCGUGGAUGACCUACGCCCCUCCCUGGGUUGUUACGGGGACAAGCUCAUAAGGUCCCCAAACAUGGACCAGCUGGCCUCCCGCAGCCUCCUCUUCCAGAAUGCCUUUGCCCAGCAAGCCGUGUGCGCCCCGAGCCGCGUGUCCUUGCUCACCGGGAGGAGACCAGACACUACCCGCCUGUAUGACUUCAACUCCUACUGGAGGGCACACUCUGGAAACUUCUCCACCAUCCCCCAGUACUUCAAGGAGAAUGGCUACGUGACCAUGUCGGUUGGAAAAGUCUUUCAUCCUGGAGUGUCUUCCAAUCAUAGUGACGACUCUCCCUAUAGCUGGUCUGUUCCACCUUAUCAUCCAUCCUCUGAAAAGUACGAAAACACCAAGACCUGCAGGGGACCAGACGGAGAACUCCAUGCCAACCUGCUGUGCCCUGUGGAUGUGGCAGAUGUGCCCGAGGGCACCCUGCCUGACAAGCAGAGCACCGAGCAAGCCAUACGGUUGUUGGGAAAGAUGAAAACGUCUGGCAGUCCUUUCUUCCUGGCUGUGGGCUAUCAUAAGCCGCACAUCCCCUUCAGAUACCCCAAGGAAUUUCAGAAGCUGUAUCCCUUGGAGAACAUCACCCUAGCUCCUGAUCCCCAGGUCCCUGCCGGCCUCCCUCCUGUGGCCUACAACCCCUGGAUGGAUAUCAGGCAGCGGGAGGAUGUCCAAGCCUUAAACCUCAGUGUGCCCUACGGCCCGAUUCCCGCCGACUUUCAGCGGAAAAUCCGCCAGAGCUACUUUGCCUGUGUUUCGUAUUUGGAUACGCAGGUUGGCCACCUUUUGAGUGCCCUGGACGAUCUUCAGCUGGCGAGCAGCACGAUCGUGGCGCUCACCUCGGAUCACGGGUGGGCUCUAGGCGAACACGGAGAAUGGGCCAAAUACAGCAAUUUUGACGUCACUACUCGCGUGCCCCUGCUGUUCUAUGUUCCGGGAAGGACGGCUCCGCUUCCGGCGGCAGGCGACAGGCUUUUCCCAUACCUCGACCCUUUUGAUUCCAUCUCAGAAUCAGUGGAGCCAGUGCAGGGGACACGGGUUCGAACCCUGGUCUGGGAAGAUCCCACAUGCUGCAGAGCAACUAAGCCCGUGCGCCACAACUACUGAGCCUGCGCUCUAGAGCGCGUGAGCCACACCUACUGAAGCCCGUGUGCCACAACUACUGAAGUCUGCAUGCCUAGAGCCCGUGCUCCGCAACAAGAGAAGCCACCGCAAUGAGAAGCCCACACACUGCAACGAAGAGCAGCCCCCGCUCGCCGCAACUAGAGAAAGCCCGUGCACAGCAACAAAGACCCAAUGUGACCAAAAAUAAAUAAUAAAUAAUUUUUUAAAAAAAUGAUGGGGAGUGUGCUGAGAGAUGAGCAAGGUUACACCCCGGCUACAGAGGGCAGGAUUUCUCUGAACUCUAGCAAGGGCUGGCCCUUCCCCCUCAGGCCAACCUCAGUGAUGCCGGCCAGGCGCCCCAGCUGUCAUACCUCACUGUGUGAGAAUUUGGGGGCACACUUUCCUAAAUGAGGCUCAGCCCCUUCUUGCCCAAGUCCAACCUGCAGGUUAUAGCUCCUCUGAGGAGUCUCAAGGUCUGGCCUGGGCUCGGGUGUUGGGCUAGAACCCAGCUGCUCCUUUCGGCCUCCACCCAGGGUCUCUUUGGGCCUUAGGUACAGCCCGUUGUGGUUGAACCUGCUCUCAGCCUAGCCCCUUCCCGCCCCGACGCACUCGGUGUCCCCUUGGCUCUUCUGUGAACGAGACCUUGAAGCUGAGAGGGCUGUCACUACUUGGGGCCCUCGGGUCACCCACACUGUUGCUGUGAUGCUCAGAGCCCUCACUGCUGUCGGGACUUGCCCUCCACGUGCUAAGGAAGCUCCUGCUGGGGCAGGGGCUGCCUUCCUGUCGAGUGUCUGAUGUGGUAGGGAGCCCACCUUCAAGGGCUUUUCUUUGGGACAGAGUUUCCUGCCCAAGAUCCCUGGCAGCCAAUGGCACCAGUCACCGGAGGAUGUCCUUGUUUAGCACUGGAUUCCGGACGAUGGUUUUAGGCCUCUGAUGGGGAAGAGUCCAGGCUGGAGGAAACCAACGUGGCUUGGGUUGGCUCUGACUGAGGUGUCUGGGAGACCACCUGCGGGUGCCCACACAGGAUCACGGGCAGGGGAGCAGAGACCCCCUGCCGGGGGGAACAAAGCCACGAGGUCUAGUGUACUUGGCACUUGCUAGGAAGCAAGAGUUAGGAUGCGGACAAAGGGAGGGGCAAAGGCCAAGGGUUAAUAACCGCUUCUGCUUUUUC